AUGCAAGAUCAGCUGCUGCAUUCACCCCUCACGCCCAAAGCAAAAACCUCUUCGUCGACCACCUCUUCUCUCACGCCCACCAACAACACUCCCACAGAUCUCCACGAUACAGAAUCAGACACUGCUUUCAACUCUGCCACUCCUUCCGAAUCAUCUCAUCACCACAACAGUAACAUUACCGUACGACAACGAUCUUUGUCAAAAACUUCCACAACAUCAACAACAGGAGCAUUCAUGAUGACAAGUCCUCGGAGUCAACAAAACAUCCCAUCACACAUGGAUGACCAUCACAAUCAUCCUCAUAUUCAACAAUAUUUACAAUUAAUGAAAGUACAAAAUACCAAUCAAUACCAUUCAUCAUACGCCUUGUCGUCCUCAUCGGAACAAAACAAUCAUAAAGAAAAUAGUAAUCAUCAUCAUCAUCAUGAUGGUGGUAUGAAUGCAGCUGUUACUCAUGAAAUUUUGUACUUUGUGAUACAUUCAAUUGAGAAAGGCACUUGUUGGUUUAGUCAGUCGUAUGAAAAAGUAGAAAUACCGAAUAUGACACAACAUUCAUCAAGUAGUAGCUACUUGGACAUGACCAAUCAAAUUCCAUCCUCUCACAACAAGCAAAUAAUUUCACAAAUUAUGAAUGGUGUGAAUGAAGAUUGGAAAUCACACAAUACUUUCACAAUACCAAAAAUUCUACAAGAUUCCAAUGCUGGUAAUAGUGGGAGUGGACAGAGCUCUGUAACGACUUUGACAGGUCUCUCUUCUUCUGGAUGUUUUUUAAGAACGAUCAAUAAUGAAUCUUGCAUGAUUAUUUGGAAAAUUCCACCAAAAUGCUCCUUCUGUUAUUCACUUGUUUGUACAUUGAGAUGUAAUUUAUUGCAUGCAGAACAUGCCUUAAAUCAAAUCAUUGCUCAUACCGCCUUUAAGAAGGAUGGAGUGACUCCUAUCGAUCCAAGAGAGUUCUUAUUGAAGCCUGAAGAAAUUCUUUCAAAACUUCAUCAUCAAAUGCCACAUGGUAAAUUGACUUUCCUCAAUUUUACAAAAGGUGUCCAAUCGAACAUGUAUUCAUUUCUUCCAGAUUUUGUCUUGAAUUAA